AUGGAAUUAAAAGAAAUUCCACUAUUGAAAUCUCCACCUAUUAAUGAAAAAAGUGCAAUAAAAUAUGUCAAUAUUGAUACAUCAUUAUUUAUCAUGAUUUGUUUAGCAUCAAAUACAAAUAAUGAUAUUUUAAUUGAAAAAGAUAAUGAAUAUGCAUUACAGUUAUCAAUUUAUUGUCACUCAUCAAUGAAAAGCACAACGCCACGUAAUCUAAAUUCAAUUCCAUCAAUGAUAAUUUAA